AUGUCCUCUCUUACCCCGACCUCUCAUCCCCAUGCCCAUCCCCACGUGUCCCCCCUUCCCCUCAGUUACAUAGACACCAACUGGUUCACCGGCACUCUCCCCAGCACCAUAGGCGACCUGCCCAUGCUGCAGAACCCGCCAUCUCUUCCCCAUACCCUCUUCCUCUUGACCUUUCCUCCCCACUGCCCUUCCCUCUCCGUCCCUCACCAUCCCCCCACCAGCUACAUAGACACCAACUGGGGGCGCUCAGUUUCGUGCCUCCUUGCCAAAGGUCCUGCCCUCCCCUCACCUACCUGUUACCUGCAGUUCUCCCCUGUUCCCUGCCUUCUUCCUCCCCCCUGCCUCACACCACGCACUCCUGCGGCUGCCUUUGCCGCUGCCCCUGCUCCACACCACUCGUGCAGGUUCAUCAAUCAGAACAGUCUCAGCGGCCCUCUGCCCGCCACCAUCACCUCCCUCACCAACCUGCGCAUCCUGUCAGUCAGCCUCCUGCUCUCCCCUGCACUCGCUCUUCUCUCUCCCCUUCCCGUCCUCUCGUUCCUUGUCAUGCCCUCCUUCAUGAGCAGCAAUCCCUAUCUGGACGGCCCUCUGCCGGCAGACCUGGGCAACAUGUCCUAUUUUCCCCCGCCUACCCAUCUCUUGCCCCUGCUUUCCCUCUCACCCCUCUCCUCCGCCUCCCUCCUUCCCUCCUCCCCACACUGCCUUCCAGCUCUGAUGGACAACUGUCGCUUCACGGGCUCCAUCCCACAGGGCAUCAGCAACCUCAAGGCGCUCACCGUGCUGUAA